CCCGAGCCCAGGACGAGGGCGGUGGGCAGGGGUCGGAUUGCUGAACGCGGCUCGGGAGGCGCGUCCCCCCAGCUGUCCUCCGCGGCUCGAGCACCCCAUUUCCUUCCCUCCCCUCCCUAGCGCUCCGGCCUGGGGUCUCGGGGAGGGGAGCGGAGGGAAGGGACGAAGGAGAAGGAGGUUUCGCGGAGUGCGGGCGGCGUGGGGAGAAGCGCGCGCUGCCUCUUGCUCUCCCGCCGCUGCCUUUGCCUGCUCGCCCGGUGCCGCGGCCCCGGGGCGCCCGCACUAUGCAGGCGGACUGCCGGCCGCCGCGAUGGCGAGCCGGGCGGUGGUGAGAGCCGGGCACAGCCCUCAACGUUUCCUAGUCCGGGCCGCGGUCGCCGCCCCCGCCCGGGCCGCUCUCCCCCUCUCCCGCUCCUACCCCCUCCCUCUUCGCUCCAACUCCUCCUCCACCUCCUUCCCCAGGCCUCUGUUCCUCCUCCUCGUACUUAUCCUGCUCCUGCUGCUCGAGGACGCCAGAGCCCAGCAAGGUGAUGGAUGUGGACAUACUGUACUAGGUCCUGAAAGUGGAACCCUGACGUCUAUAAACUACCCACACACCUAUCCUAACAGCACUGUUUGCGAAUGGGAGAUUCGUGUAAAGACGGGAGAGAGAGUGCGCAUCAAAUUUGGUGACUUUGACAUCGAAGAUUCUGAUUCUUGCCACUUUAAUUACUUGAGAAUUUACAAUGGAAUUGGAGUUAGUAGAACCGAAAUAGGCAAAUACUGUGGUCUGGGGUUGCAAAUGAACCAUUCAGUUGAAUCAAAAAGCAAUGAAAUCACAGUGCAGUUCAUGAGUGGAAUUCACGUUUCUGGACGAGGAUUUUUGGCUUCAUACUCAAUUAUAGAAAAGCAAGAUCUAAUUACUUGUUUAGACACUGCAUCCAGUUUUUUGGAACCUGAGUUCAGCAAGUAUUGCCCAGCCGGUUGUCUGCUCCCGUUUGCUGAGGUGUCAGGAGCCAUCCCUCAUGGAUACAGAGACUCCUCCCCGUUGUGCAUGGCCGGUGUGCAUGCAGGCGUCGUGUCGAACACUUUGGGCGGCCAGAUCAGCGUCGUCAUCAGUAAGGGCAUCCCGUACUAUGAAAGCUCCCUGGCUAACAACGUAACGUCCGUGGUGGGACACUUAUCUACAAGUCUUUUUACAUUUAAGACAAGUGGUUGUUAUGGAACGCUGGGCAUGGAAUCUGGCGUGAUCGCUGAUGCUCAGAUAACAGCAUCCUCUGUGCUGGAGUGGACGGACCACACGGGACACGAGAACAGCUGGAAACCUGAAAAGGCCAGGCUGAAAAAACCGGGACCUCCCUGGGCUGCUUUUGCCACUGAUGAGUAUCAGUGGUUGCAAGUAGAUCUGAACAAGGAAAAGAAGAUCACAGGCAUUGUGACUACUGGCUCCACCAUGGUGGAGCACAAUUACUACGUGUCAGCCUACAAGAUUUUAUACAGUGCUGAUGGGCAGAGGUGGACUGUGUACAGAGAGCCCGGUGUGGACCAGGAUAAGAUAUUUCAAGGAAACAAAGAUUAUCACCAGGAUGUGCGUAAUAACUUUUUGCCACCAAUUAUUGCACGUUUUAUUAGAGUGAAUCCUACCCAAUGGCAGCAGAAAAUUGCCAUGAAAAUGGAACUGCUUGGAUGUCAGUUUAUUCCUAAAGGUCGUCCUCCAAAACUUACUCAACCUCCACCUCCUCGGAGCAGCAAUGACCUCAGAAACACUACAACCCCUCCAAAAAUAGCCAAAGGUCGUGCCCCCAAAUUUACUCAACCACUACAACCUCGAAGUAGCAAUGAAUUUCCUACACAGACAGAGCAGACAACUGCCACUCCUGAAAUCAAAAAUACUACCGUAACUCCAAGUGUGACCAAAGAUGUGGCCUUGGCCGCGGUCCUCGUCCCCGUGCUGGUCAUGCUGCUCACCACUCUGAUUCUCAUACUAGUGUGUGCUUGGCAUUGGAGGAACAGAAAGAAAAAAACGAAAGGCACCUAUGACUUGCCGUACUGGGACCGGGCAGGCUGGUGGAAAGGAAUGAAGCAGUUUCUCCCUGCCAAGUCCGCGGAGCACGAGGAAACCCCAGUUCGCUACAGCAGCAGUGAGGUGAACCACUUGAGUCCGAGAGAAGUCACCGCUGUGCUGCAGGCUGACUCUGCAGAGUAUGCACAGCCACUUGUGGGAGGAAUCGUGGGCCCCCUCCAUCAGAGGUCUACCUUUAAACCCGAAGAAGGAAAGGAAGCGGGGUAUGCUGACCUCGAUCCUUACAGCUCCCCCGUGCAAGAAGUUUACCACGCCUAUGCAGAACCGCUGCCAGUGACCGGGCCUGAGUACGCAACCCCGAUCGUCAUGGACAUGUCCGGGCACCCCUCGGCUGCAGCUGGCCUGCCCUCAACGUCCACUUUCAAAGUUGCAGGGAACCAACCGCCCCCCUCAGUGGGAACAUACAACACUCCCCUCUCCAGGACCGACAGCUGCUCCUCGGCACAGGCCCAGUAUGACACCCCGAAAGGCGGGAAGCCGGGCCCGAGCGCCCCGGACGAGCUGGUGUACCAGGUGCCGCAGAGCACACAGGAGGUGUCAGAAGCAGGGAGGGAGGGCGGCUGUGAUGUUUUUAAAGAAGUCCUUUGAAGGUGAUGCUGCUUUUUACAAAGCAUCAUUUUAAAGCACAUGGCCUUUUUUGUUGUUGUCGUAUUAGUGGUAGAACGUAUUACAUAUCUGUCACGGAUGUGGUUGGGGGAAGUGUGAUGACCGAGGUACAAAAAAACUACUAAUCUUACCAUCUUGCUUUCAAAGGGUUACUGUGGCACAGUUACUGCUUGCCUAUGAAAUUUCAAACAUCUUGUUUGUUACUACUGUAAAACACUAUUUUAUACAGAAAAGGCUCCCUACUAUGCACUUCAAAGAAAUUUAAAAUCACUGAGUAUUUAUUACUGAUGCUGCAGGUACAUUGAUGAACUCGAGAUGGCUCUGUAAGCCUUUCUGGCAAUAACACAUGGUACUGUUCUUAAAAAUGUCUAAUGGCUUGAAAUUCAGCAAUUUAUGAAAGGUGGGUACUAUUGUGAUUUCUUUCUCUUCUAUUCCUGUAUUGCUUUCUGAAUUUAAAAAAUAUAUAUUGAUAUAAUCAUUGUUUUGAUUGCAGCAUUAUGUAUUUAUCCAUCUUUCCUUAGGAAGAGCUGUAGCUGGGAAACUGACCUGUAGUGAGCAGAGUGAUUUUUCACUUUCUGACACUCUAAUGAACUUAAGCAUCUCAUAGUACAUGACCUGGGCUCAUCCCUUGCUUGUUCCACCUGGGGCCUUUGGCAGUCUGCCCCAUUCUCAUGCUUAUAAAUGCCUGGGUUUUUUUAGUGGGUGAUGCUUGCUAUAUCAGUCUCAUUAAUUUAGAUCCCCUAGUGUCUCCAUGCGGAAACAGGAACAAUUUUAUAAAUUUAAAAAGCUGUAAAGGAGAUCCUCUGCUCCAAACUCUUAUUUGCAAUGGAAUUCUUCCUAGGAGAGUGUGAGAAGUUAAGGGCUUCUAAACAGGAACACUGUAAACAAUACCCACUUGAUAUUUAUCAUCAACGUGAAAGGCAAAAUUAUUCCUCAGGAAUUAUAUAAAUUACCUCCCCUCCACAAAAGUAACCAAAUUGCUUUGGUUUUAUAUACAGACUGUUCUUUGAAUCUCAAGGUAUUUAUUGUUUUUAGUGAAAUAAAUGUUUUUCCACAGUAAGAAAUGUAAACCCAGCAUGUAUUUUUCAGCUCUCUGAUUAUGCCAUCUAUGUGGUCGGGAGGUGUGAGUAGUCUCAUACAUCACUAGGGAACAGAGGGAACAAAUGUUUUAGCAUCCUAGCAAAGGAAAAUUCCUGUCUUGCUUUUAAUACCUCUGAGCAACUUCGGUCACCCAGAAGUAGUUUAAAUGACCGAAAAUAGAAGUCAUCUGCAGUUUACUAGCCUUAGUGUAGAAACCAUCUUUAGAAGUCUUUAGAUUGGUAAGAUGAUAUGAGAAGCUAACCAUAUGAUUAAAAUAUAUGAAUUUUACAUCCCCUAGUUUAUAGUUAAUGUUGAAAUGUACUUCCCCAGCAGGUUCUAGUCAUUUCUUUUAGCUUGUACCGCCAGAUGAUGGCAGAAUUUGCUAAAAUUUGACCAACUAUAUAGUGUUCAUUUUGCUUGCUUCCAUGAGUCUUUCAGUAUUGUAAAACGUUGCUCCAAAACAGAACUGCCAAAUUCUACAGCCUCCCUGUGUUCUAGUUGUAUGAUUUUGUUGGUCUUAUUUUCAGAUGCUUUUCCUUUUUCCAACAGGCUUUUGAGGCAUAAUUUUAUUCACUGAAAAGCCAAUACACAUUUUGUUUCAAAAUAUUUGAAACAAAAAGCACAGAUGCUGAACUUUUAUUAAAACAGGUAUGAAUGUGUAAAGCACAUAUAUUAAUGCAGUCAUCCCCUCCAGGUGGGAAGAGAGUAAACCAGUGGCUUUAUUUUUUUAUUCAUCCUUAGUAUACAAAAAUCUACUUUCUAAAAUCAUAUGCCUAUUUGAAGCUUUAAGAGAAAUGAGUUCAGUAACUAUUUCUUUUUUCCAAAGAUGCUUGCUAUUUUUAAUUGUGUGUACCUGAUUGUUUUCCCAUAGAACUCUUUUUUUUUUUGAAGCAAAUGUUUUCUUAAAUAAUGCAUGUUUUAAGACUUGAUUCAUAUAUUGCCACUGUGCUGUCCCUGAACUACCAAUAAUUUUUACAAAAUGUCUAGUUUUUAACUACUAUUAUAUAUUUUACUUUCCAAAUGAAGAGCUGAGCCUGAUACAAAAGGUUAUUCUGGUUUGUACUUUUUAAUUCAUUUUCAUAUUAGAGUUUUUUUUUUUAAACUUUACUAUGUCUGAUAUAUAUACAGCUUUGGAGACAAUCAAGUAACAACUGAAAAUGUGAAGGUAACCAUUUUUUACAAAAUUCCCUUGAUUUUUUUAUUCUUUGCUUGAAACAUGUAGGAAAAAAAAAAGUCACUGUGACUUACUGGGUUAAAUUUUUUCCUGUUAAUGCAGUUAUAAAAAUAGAGUCAGACCAUGGCACAGGAAAUAUGGCCCUUAAGGUUUCAUAAAAUUACACUGACUUCACUGUUACUUGAUUUUAGGAACCAGCACAGUUAAAGGUGAGAUAUUGUGAAUGCUGAUUUAUAUUGUAUUAAAAGCUGUAAAUCUAGAGAGAUCCUAUUUGUGUAUGCAGGGUCUAGCCCAGUUAUUUAAGUUCACGUUUCGCUAUUUGCACUUUGCAUUGAACAAUGGGUUUAUUUGCUGUUGAAAUGGUUCGAGUAGAAGAUUUAUACAGUAAUUGAAAUUAUGUUAUGUACACAUUUGCCCUUCUCCCUCCCACCCACAAGAGGGAGCAGAAAAUGAGCUUAUUUAAAUAUGAAUGUGGCCAUAAUUCUGUGGAAUGUAAUAAAGCUUGAACCUCUUUCCCUGGGCUCCACAUUGUUACCUGGAGAGCAAGAGGGUUAUAGAAAAACACCAUGUCAGAUAAUAGGAUUAGAAAGAACAACUAGAUUAGGUGGGACAAUAAAAGCUUCUCAACCCUCUUAAGAGAAAUCAGUGAAGUUCUGUUUAUUUAAAAAAGAAAAAUUUACCUACUGGCUAUGCCUUUUGGUUCUGAACUUGAAAUCCCUAAACUGCAAUAUCUAAGAGUUGGAUAUUUUUAGGUCAACUGUGGCAUCAGUUCUCAUAUAAUCCAACUUGUAACUAGUUUCUUCUUCUCAUCUCCUCCUCUUCUUUUUUGGCACUGGGAAAGGUAGAAACAAAACAUAUAUUGAAAUACGUAUUGGAAAUAAAAAUGGCUUUGCGUGUCAGUGAUAUUCUCCCAGAAUGUACUUUCCUUACCUCGGCAUGUACUGUAGUCACUCAAUAUUUGUAUAUGUUGCUAGAAUUUGAUUGUAUAAAUAGUGAGAUUUUAAUGUGUUCGUGUGUUUUUAAUAAAUUGUAUAUAUGU